AUGCUACAAGAUGGGCUCUCGGACAGGUUUAGACUGAGCUAUACUGAUCUCCAAUUAGCUUCUGAUGGAUGCGUCGACCAUUCACAAGGCUGCUGUGUUAUUGUUAUGACGGCUCCGACCACCAUCAAAGUGACGCCGAGCACUUUUGUUUCCUCGGGGAUGUGGAGCAGACACCUUAUUUUGGGUCUUCUAAUGUCGGAGAGCCCGACUGAAGAUAGACUAACCAUACCACUUAACAUCGUUCAGUGCAUCGAAGUUCCUGGCCUCUUAUCUAGACCAUUCCAAGGAUUCGUGGGAGUAGUUGGUCUUUCUCAAUAG